GUAGUUUCGUAGAAGUUGGGAUCAGGUAAAGGGUUCGUUUACAGACGUUAGAAGGAAUCUACUUCUGAUCGUUCCUUCAAACAUAUCAACGGCAUAAAUUCGAACAAACAUUUGCUUCAAAAAAGUCAUGGUUUUUAUUCAGUCGAACAUCUCCGCAACCAAAGAGAAGUACCUAGAGAGAUAGAGAGCAGAGCAUAUUUUAGAGAGAGAAAGAGAGGCAAGCACCGGAUUUCUAGCAGCCGCCCGUUGACCCGACAACCCAUUUCAGGAGGAGCUUCAAUUUCUUCACCAUUAAAACUAUCUAAUAUAUUUAAUACCCACUUUACUUUUUUUAGGCCCGGUUUUCCUUCUAUUAAAAACAAAUUAUUUAAUAUUAUUAAUACCCAUUUUCCAUUUCCCCUCUCUCUCUCUCUCUCACGCAACCAGAUCGAUGCUGCUUGUCAAGAAAUUUACAGCAGCAUUCGAUCAGGUUGUGGCUCUCUGUUUUCUUAACAGGAGAGAAGAAAUUUAGCUCUUUUAUUUACCCCCCUUUUUUUUCCUUCUUUGGGGCCCCCAUUGUUUUAAUUUCAAACUGUUGUCUUUGCACUAUUGAUGACUUUUGAGGAACUUGUCUUCUUUAUUUGUAUGUCAUGGCAUUCAACAUCCAGCUUCUCAUUGGUUUCUCAUCAGAUUCUGUUAAAUUCCUCUUUUUUCAAGAGAGAUAAUUUUCAUUCGCAUCGGAGAUCACGGUGAGGUAGCUGCAAAUUCUAUUGAAUCUUACUGGUUUUUAAAGGUUUUCUGUGAAUUUUAUGUUGGUAAGACUGGGAAUUCAGAUUCAUUAAUCUCCGCACGUUGCCAUCAUUUUGGGUUUGUAUGCUUUUGUCUCGUUUUCUCCAUAACUUCAUGGCGACCGGGAAAUUUGCUUUUAUUCUUCACAAGAGAUUCGGGAAGUUUGCAGGCUCCUUGAUCUAUGCAUUUCUUGAAUGGGUUUUGAUCGUUUUGCUGUUUCUUGGUGGCCUCUUCAAUUUCAUUGCCUCUGAAUUUGCCCGCCUCUUUGAAUUGCAAAUUCCAUGCUUGUUUUGUUCAAGGAUUGAUCAUCUUCUCUCAAAAAAGGACCCAAACUUUUAUUAUAACGAGUUAAUCUGUCAUGCUCAUGGAGUUGAGCUCUCUUCAUUGGCCUAUUGCCAUAUUCAUAGGAAGCUUUCAGAUGUUCGAGCGAUGUGUGAGGGUUGUCUCCUCUCUUUUGCCACCGAAAACAAGUCGAAUUCAGAGACUUAUCGAUCACUGGUUGGAAUUUUGGGUGCAGAUCUUGAGUGUUCGAUUGUCGAUGACCAUAGGAUUCCCCUCAAAUUGCCUACAGAUAAUUGUAAGCAUGAAAAAAUGGCCCUUUUGGAGAACCCAACAAGAGAAAUCUCUGAAAAUUCUAGGCCUCAGCUCUGUUCUUGUUGUGGUGAGCCAUUGAAAACUCGAUCACGACUGAUUCGAGCUAUAUCAACUGGAAGCAAAUUAACUGAAUUCCCCAUCUUUUCAAUGAGGGGCAUCGAUCAAGAAGAGUUAUUGAAGAGGAGAGACACUUCUGUGAAAACAGAAGAACUUGCAGGCACUAAAAACGCUGAAUAUAUGGAAAAACGAGGCUUUGAUCCCUUAUCUCAUAUUGGAUACAUGGAACUGAACGUCCAUUCUGAUUCUGAAUCUGAGAUUCCAGAUGAAGAUGAUUCAAGUAUGGUGGAAAUUUCAGAAGGUAAUGGUGUCAAGGAAGAAGAGCCAUUGGAUCAUUCAUUGGAAACACCAAUACAGAAGGACUUGCUUCUAGAAACAGUGAGCAAAGCUUCUGAAAAAGUUCCUGAUGAGCAAUUGCAUCUUAUAAAACGCGAUAUUUUGGCAAGGGAUUGCUUGCCCAAGGAUGUAACAAGAGCUCCUGAUGAGAGUAUGAUGAGGUCCAGCGAAGAAGUUAAGGAAUUGCUCACACAAACAAAGGAAGUUGGGGAAUUUUGUGAUGUGGCUUUAGACAUGGUUUAGGAUCUUGAUUGGAGUGAGGAUCUUUCUGCUCAGCCGCUGACGCCUGCUAAGGUUGUUGAAGCUGUUGUAGUGAUAGGAAUCGCAGAUCAAGCAGAUGUUGAAGAGAUCAAAGAGGCUGAUGUGGGGAUUUGUCAACAGAAAUCUGAAGUGGAACUCAAUUCAAAUGAAGCUUCCCCAGUUCUUUCGCCACAAAUUGAAGAGGCUUCAGCUUUGGCAACUGAUUGCAUGGACUUAAAUGAUGUUUACAAGCUUGCUACAUCUAAUAAGGUGAAUGAGACUUUGACGAACAUUGUCAGAGACGCCCCCAGUGAUAAGAAUGACUCAUUGAGGCCACAAAUCGAAGUUAAAUCUAUAACUACCCGGUCAUUUGCCUCUCAAGGAUUGGAAAAUAUAUGGAAUGAGAGAACCUCAGAUGUACCUAGUCCUUUUGGGGUUCUCGGGCUACCAAAAAGGCUUUCGAUUGAGAGAAAUGAAUCUGGUUUUGAAUCCUUGGAUGGAAGUAUCGUGAGUGAAAUUGAAGGUGAGAGUGUCAUUGAUCAUCUGAAAAGGCAAAUUCAAGCUGAUCGAAAGUCCUUGAUGGCUCUAUACAAAGAAUUGGAGGAAGAAAGAAGUGCUUCUACAGUUGCUGCAAAUGAGGCCAUGGCCAUGAUUACUCGGUUACAGGAGGAGAAAGCGGCGAUGCAAAUGGAAGCUCACCAAUACCAAAGAAUGAUGGAGGAGCAAGCUGAGUAUGACCAAGAAGCACUUCAGGUGACAAAUGAACUCCUUGCUAAAAGGGAGAAGGAAAUCAAGGAUUUGGAAGAAGAGCUAGAAACUUACAGGAAAAGGUUCCAUUAUGAGGAAGCACAAGAGGAAGCAAAAGGUGGGUUUUAUUCAGAUGUGGAGUGGCAUGAUAAUAUGAAAACAAUUGACAGUGAUUACCAGAAGCUCAAGUCUCAGUCUGCCUCGUCAAUUAGUGGAAAAUCAGAAAGUGGGGCUUCUGGGGAGCUUGAGAUCCAAGGAGAGGUUGAUGGGAAAAAUGAGCAAAAAGCCAGCUAUAUCACACCCAUCAAUGAAGACAGAGAGGAAAAGGAAAUGUGGGUUUUGGAGGGAGAUUUGUUAGAUUUUGAAGAUGAGAAGCACUGCAUAUUGGAACAUUUGAAAACACUGAAACAGCAGCUUCACUCUCAAUCAAAUGGUGAGGGGCAUCCAGUUUUGUCUAGUUCAACGGCCGACGCCAAUUUAGAGAAUGCUUGUGCAAAUUUCACAAUUUUUGGAAGAGAAAACGACACAUGUGAUGAGGUAGAAGUUCAAUGGGAUAAAGAAGUUGAAAAUGGUCACGUGGAAGAAUGGAGUGACUCUCCCGUGGAGCUUGAUAGAGGAAAUGAGUCCAACGUUAUUGGAGAAAUAUUAGUUCUUGAUGAGAGGUUGGAAGCCCUUAAGGCAGAUAGAGAAUUUAUAAAGCAUGCAAUCAAAUCACUUGGGAGAGACAGUGAAGGACUGCAGCUCCUUCAGGAGAUAGCCCAGCAUCUGCAAGAGCUACGAAGGGUAGAGACAAGGCCACUGGAUGAUGGUUCCCAAUGAAUCUGAUGAAGAAAACACAUUACGAGUUGCCUCUGGUUUUUGGAUCUAUAAAGGAUGAAGUUAUGCCAAACACCAUCGGUGAUGUGAAAUUUUUGAGAAUAUUGAAGAGGAGCCAGCUUCUUCAUGACUGUGCAUAUGUUCCUCCCUUGUUUGUGAAACUCUCUUAAGAGGUUUGUGCAUAUGUUCCUCCCUUGUUUGUGAAACUUUCUAAGAGGUUUGUGCAUAUGUUCCUCCCUUGUUUGUGCAUAUGUCAGUACAGAAGAUUGUCUUUGUUUUUGGCCUAGUGAAAUUUGGUGCUGCUUGAUGGAUUCUUAAGUUAAAGAACAAUGGAGGCCUCGAUUGUAAUGUAGUGUGGUGAUUGUCCAGAUUUCGAUUAUUUCAAGGAAGAUGGAUGGAAUUUAUCCAUAUGUAUUUGAUUUCUCUUACAUGUGAUUGUAUAUUGUUAAGGGAUGUAACAUGAUGCAUGGUUGUAUGAUUGAGUGAAGUUUUGGAAACUAAAGUUAUGGAAUUUUUGAAGGAUUUCACAUUA